AUGAUGAUUUGCUUACCGGAAGAAUGCUUUCAUGUAGUUGCAAACAUACUAUUUGAAGGUACAAAAUUAAGGGCGUAUACAAAGGGGGUUGAGAACAAUUUACGGAAAGUUGAAUUGGACUCGAUUCAGGAUUACAUAAAAGAAAGUGAUAAUUUAGUGUCGCUUCAUGAUCAAAUUCGUGAAUGUGAUAGAAUCUUGUCACAGAUGGAAACUCUCCUCAGUGGAUUUCAAUUGCAUAUAUCUUUGUCACUUUGCAAUGAUCAUUUCCCCUUCAAUGGCGCUUUGUACUACUCCAUGUCUUGUACAACUAAUGGGAUUCUUCUUCGUUCCAGAGUCUCCUAGAUGGCUGGUGGGUCCAAAUAUCUUGAUGGGAAUGUAAUUUAUAUGUUGUUUUAAGUUUGUGACUAAAAAGAAGACGAUUUAGAAGUAUUAGUGAAGAAGAGAAAGAUCAAUUUUUAUGACAUGUAACAAUAUUCUUUCAUUAUUUCAUGACUAUAUAUAUGUGUCUGAA